AUGUUCCUCCCACCUGGCCAGCGCACCCCGGACUUCAUGCAAAUCGAGUUCCUCAUCGUGGGCGGUGCCAUCACCGGUCUCUCCGCUGCUAUCGCGCUCAGCAGAGUCGGCCACAAGGUGACCGUGCUCGACACCUUGCCCUCGUUCAGCGAAUUGCAGACGCCUAUGGGUGCAGGAUGUCGUAUACCGCCAAAUGCGACCAAGCUCUUCUACCGCUGGGGGAUGGAGGAGCGUCUGCGGGCAUCCUCGGUCAAGUCAAGAGGCGUCGUCUUCGCCCGAUGCAAUGACUCCGGUUCGGUCGUCGGCCAGCAUGAAUGGGAGGAGGAGAUGCUCGAAGAGACAGGCGGAGACUUUCUCCUCAUACACUACACCGACCUCCGACGAAUUCUCGCAGAGUCUGCGGUAGAGCACGGCGCAACGCUACGCUCUGGCUGCUACGUCGUCGACGUCCACGCGGACCCGCAGAGACCAACCGUGACGCUCGAAUCGGGCGAGGUGCUCACCGCGGACGUAGUUGUCGGUGCGGACGGAUCGCACGUGGGCCCACAUUGCACGCGGCGCACGAUCCUCAAAGCGAUCGACCAGGAGGACGUCGAGAAGCACAGCGGCAUGGAGCUCUUCAACGCGAUCAUUCCCGGGACGGCUCUGGACAAGCUAGAGGAUCCGGAGUUCGUGAAGCAGCUACGAAAGCCGGGCACGGUAUUCACAUGGUUCGGGCCCGGGCACGGCGCCCUCGGUUUCCCCAUCAAGGAACCGAAGACCGGCAAUCUGCUCUUCACCAUCUACAUCUACGCGCCGAGCGACGACACGAAUUUCCAGGUGCGGAUGAUUGACAAAGAGCGGAUGCUCAAGAAGCUCGAGGGGCGCGAUCCACGACUCGUCGCGCUAGCGCAACACGUUAGCGAUGUCAGCUUGGUACCGAUGGUAGAAAGACCAUACCUCGAGGAAUGGGUCCAUCCAGAAGGGCGCGUCAUCGCACUCGGCGAGUCCGCACACCCCAUCCCCGUCGGCUCGCUAUACUCUGUCGGCAUGAGCGCCGGGGACGGCGCCGUCAUCGGCCGCCUCUUUGCACACCUGCACCGGCCUGACCAGAUCAGCAGCUUCCUGAACGCAGUCCCCGAGAUCCGCGCGCCGCGCGUCGAGCGCGUCAUCCGCGCCGCGACAGGCAACAUCUUCGCAGUCUCCCUGCCCCCCGGGGUCGCGGAGGCGCGCGACCGCGACCUGCGCGAGCACGCAGAGCGCGGGAUCCAGGAGAUCACUGGGACGGGCCGGAUGGGGCGACAGACGAGCGAGGAGAUGAUGAGCGCGAUCGAGAACAUCUUCGCGUACGACCCGGAGGACUCCGCGGACGACUGGUGGGUGCAGUGGGGGCUCAUGCAGGAGCGCGCGUCGCGGACGGUCGUGUCGGACGCGGUGCUGUCGGUGCAUGUCGCGGAGGACUGCACGCGCAAGCGGGAGUAA